AAGGCAAAAUACCCUUUUUGGUCCCUUAAGUAUACUCCAAGGUCCAUUCUGGUCCCUUAUCUCUAAAAAGUGUCAAAGUGAUCCUUUAAUUGUCCAAAAAGGACCACGUUUGUCCUUUCUGUCAGCUCCGUUAGUCAAAGUCAAAGGAAAGGCAUGGGUGGCAUACAUGUGGCAUUUACGUUUUUAUCUUUAUUGCCAGGUGGUUUAUUUUAAUUGCCAGAUGUGUAAAUCAACAAUUGACAUAAAAUAGAAAGGAAAAUGAAAUAGAAACCUCAUUGUCUCUUCGUUGGUUCUUGAAGGAAACCCUAGCGCAGCUGCCAUUGACGAAACUCCAAUAUCUAGUUGAUGCGAACGAGAACGAAGACGACAUUCAAGGUGAAAGCAAAGACGAAGACGACAUCAGAGGGUUUCGUUUGAAAUGGAUGAGUAUCUAAUCAUUACAAUCCACCAUAGUGGUGAAUUUGCGAGUGAGGACUUGAGCGUUUACGUAGGAGGUCAGAUUGCUAAACUGAGGGUAGAUGCUGAUAAGUGGAGUUUUUUUGAGCUGUUAGGUAGUAUCAAGGAACUAGGUUAUCGAGCCAUAGAAAACAUAUAUUAUAAGGAUCCAACUGGUGGGAUGAAUAUAUUGGUAGAUGACAGAGGGGCAUUAGAGAUUGCUGAUUUAUAUAGGGUUCAUCUUAGUGUUGAGGUCUUUAUUAAGCACGCAUUGUCCCAGGCUGUUUUUGCUGAUGAAGCUGAAGUUGUGUUAGAUGAUAUUCCACUUAAUGAAAUGCCACCUAAUGAGAUAGUAGAUGAGGUAGCAGUAGAGAUUGAGGAAAUAUUGAAGGAAUUUGAUGACAGGGCCAAUGAUGUAGCACAGGAUGAUGUGAGGAGUACUGAUGUAACACAAGAUGGUGAGAGGGCCAAUGAUGUAGCACAGGAUGAUGUGAGGACUAAUGAUGUAACACAAGAUGGUGAGAGGGCCAAUGAUGUAGCACAUGAUGAUGUGAGGACUAAUGAUGUAACACAAGAUGAUGAGAGGGCCAGAGAUGUAGCACAAGAUGAUGUAAGUGCAGUUGGAGCUGAUAAUGGACUUGUGGGUGGUGAGGUUGAUGAUGAUUUAAGACUGACUGAUGAUAGUUCUGAUGAUAGCAACUUCGAGUAUGAUAGUGCAAUGGAGAUAGUAUUUGAUGAUGAUUCUGAUGAGUAUAGUACUGAACUGGAAGAGGAGGAUGGAAUGGACUGUGAUAUAGAAGAUAAUGAACAAAUGAAAAGUAAAAAAGGAAAACAAAUGUCUGAUGAAAACAAAGAAGAUAGUAAAGGGAGUGAUAAUGAUAGUGAGGAUCUUGGAAGUGAUUGUGAUAGUGAUGAUAGCAGUAGGGCUAGGAGAAAGAAGUAUCCAAUUUUUAAGCUUUUAAAGGAUAUGUCCAAUUACAGAUGGGAAGUGGGAACAUAUUUUACUACAAAGGAAGAUUUCAAGGAGGCAAUUGUUACUUAUGCAGUCCAUUCUGGCAGAGAUUUAAGGUUCACUAAGAAUGACAAGAUAAGGGUUAGGGUCAGGUGUAAGGAUGGAUGUGAAUGGGAAUCUUACUGUGCUAAGUUGCCUAAUGAGGAUUCAUGGCAACUAAGGAAAGUAGUUGACACCCAUAGCUGUAGUAGAGAGUAUCAUGUAAAGUUACUGAAGACAAAAUGGUUGAGCAAGAGGUUACAGAAUUCACUUAAAACAAACCCUAGACUGAAGCUGAAGGACAUUAAGGAAAAGGUUCAGAAGAAGUGGAAUGUUGGGGUCAACAAAACCAAGGCUAUAAGGGCUAGGUUUGCAGCCAGAGACAUGGUUGAUGGGUCAUUCCUAGGGGAUUAUACAAGGGUGUAUGACUAUGCACAUGAGUUACUAAGAUCUAACCCAGGUUCAACUGUUAAGGUUUCUGUCCAGCCUGCACAAGAAGGUUCAACUGUUGAGAAUUUACAUUUCAAGAGGUUGUACAUAUGCUUGGCAGCUUGUAAGGAGAGCUUCAAGUGGAGCAGACAUUUCAUAGGACUUGAUGGAUGUUUUUUGAAAGGCUUAUGUGGAGGUCAAAUACUUGCAGCUAUUGGCAGAGAUCCCAAUGAUCAAAUGCUACCAAUAGCAUUUGCAGUUGUUGAAAGUGAAAACAAGGAUAGCUGGACAUGGUUCUUGGAGCUUCUUAUUGAUGAUCUUGGUGGGAGGGAAGAGUGCCUCACAUACACUUUCAUUUCUGAUCAACAAAAGGGUUUAUUGCCUGCAAUGGAGGAACUUCUUCCAAGAGUUGAACAGAGAUUUUGUGUUAGGCAUCUAUACAACAAUUUUAGGAAGAGGUUUGCUGGAAAAAAACUAAAGGAGAUUAUAUGGAAAGCAGCCAAGUCAACUUACUACCAAGCUUGGGAGAGAGAGAUGAAAGUAAUGAAAGAGGUCAAUGUAGAAGCAUACAAGCACAUGAUGAGCACUCCUCCAAGAUUUUGGAGUAGAUCAUACUUCAAAACUCAUAACAAGUGUGAUGCUGUACUGAACAAUAUGUCAGAAGCCUUUAAUAGUGUCAUAUUGGAGUCAAGGGCAAAACCAUUGAUCACCAUGGUGGAAGAGAUUAGGGUAUACAUGAUGGAAAGGUGGGCAACAAACAGGAUGAGGUUUCAAAAAUUAGAAGAUGUUGAUGUGUUACCAAACAUUAAAAAGAAGAUUGAAAAAACAAGUUCAUACACAAAUAUGUGGCUUGUAAGGAUGUCUGAUGAGUUUAUAUUUGAAGUGAGGAAUUUGGAAAACAAUGCUGAAAAAUUUACAGUCAAUCUGAAAGAUAGGACUUGUUCAUGUAGAAGGUGGGAGUUGACAGGCCUCCCCUGUGUUCAUUCACUAUCAGCAAUCAAAAGCAGGAACCAAAAGAUUGAUGAUUAUGUCCCUGAGUAUUACAGGAAAUCAAGAUAUAUGCAAGUGUACCAGCCAGUUAUUUUUCCAGUCAAUGGCUCAAACCUAUGGGAGAGGACAGAGUACCCUGAUGUUCUGCCACCCAAAUUUAGGAAAAUGCCAGGAAGACCCAAAAAAAGGAGGAAUUUGGAACAAGGUGAACUGGAUGGCACAGAUAGAAAGAUGAGAAGAACUGGCUUCAUUGUGAAGUGCAGCAGAUGCAAGAAACAAGGACACAACAAACUUACUUGCAAGGUACCAUCAACUACUGCACAAGCAGCUCCAUCACAAGCAGCUCCAUCUCAGACUACUUCUGUACAAGUAUCCCAAACAGCUCCUUCAGCUCCAUCACAGUCAUCUCAAUCAGCUCCUUCACAAUCAUCUCAAGCAGCUCCAUCACAAUCAUCCCAAGCUCAGAAGACUACUCCAAAAUCAGCCAAGAAGACUACUCCUAAAGCAAAGAAGUUGGCAGUUAGAAGGCCAAAUGCCCCUUUUAUCCCACCUGGUCCAACCACAAGGCUGACUGCUGCAAAAAUAGCUAUAGGUCCAACAACAAGGAGGACAACACCUACUAAAAGGGCCACACCAAAAUGGAAACCAUAGUCUCUUUAUUUUAUGUAGUGUUUUGGAUUUUUAGACAUCAGUUUGAAUAUUUUGUAAUGUGUCUGAAUAUUUUGUGUUUUUAGA